AUGUACAAGUUAUCGAAGCUUGUCAGUGAUAGCGAAGAAUAUGCCUUCUGUAUAAGAAAUUUAUAUGAUGCUUUAGAAAAACAGUCGAUAGGUAAUAAGAUCUAUAUUACAGAACAUGAUGACAGGUCUGAAGGUUUUUACCUUUCUAAGGCAACAAUUUCCGUGUCAAACAAAAAGACAGAACCAAAGUCAAACUACAUAUUGGACUCGAUUAGAAGUAGUUACAGGGCUUCUAGAAGAAAGCGUUGUAUUCUCACCGCAGAAACUAAGGAAUUCUUACAAAAGGCAUUCGACGCUCAACCAUUUCCAAAUAGAAAAGAUAGAGAACUUUUAGCUAAAAAAUGUGGUUUAACUAACUUACAAGUUAGGGUCUGGGUAAGUAAUUCACUUUAA